AUGGUCCAGAACCUGCCCACCACCACGAUCCCCCGUGCCUCAGCACCGAGCAUCACCAACACAGAUUCGCACCGCCAGAGCCACAGCUCGUCCAAGUUGCCCUCUUUUCGCUUUGCCGACCGCAAGACCAGCGGCAGCAGCACUGACACCAACAACGACGAGAGCAUUGACGCUAGCGCGCAGAACCACAGCGGCAUCAACAGCGCCGACGACCCCAACGGCGCCAGCGGCGCCAGCACCUCCAGCACAUCAGCGGUGCUGUCGCACCCGUCGCUAGCGCACCACGCGCCACCCUCGCCAGUCUCACCCAAUCCGAGCCCCGGCGCUGGCCCCGUCACAAGCCCAAUCCAACUGCCAUCAGCAGAUACAGGCCCAUUCCCAGGUCCUUUAGCAGGCCCGUCCACUGGCUCAUCCACUGACCCAGGCCCCGUCGCCGCCGUUACUGGUCCCCUUGAGGCGCCAGAUGUGGUCCCAGCAUUGACGCUCCCAGCGACUGCCCAGAACCUUGCUCACCCGACAACGCAUCACCACAUCGAAAAACAGUCUGCGUCUGCAUCUGCACCCGCGUCCACUUCUGCAUCACCGCCGUCCGCCGCAACUUCGACUUCCAUCGCCGCCAUCGCCGCCGUCGCCUCACCGCCGCUUUUGCAACACCGCUCACGAACCUCCUCCUCCCAGCCCGACUCUCCCGUCUCCGUUGCUGAGCCGACCGCCCCAGCCAGGCGUCCCGCAUCAUUCCCCAACACAUCUCCCGUCCAGGACGUCGCUGAUCUGGAAUCCCCGCAUUCCGCAUCCGUUGUCGCUCGAUCUCGGAGCCGGCGAUCCCUUACAUCGCGCAGGUCGAAUGUUGCUGCAUCCUCCUCUUGCCCGCCGCCCACACUGAACUCGGAUCGCCUACAGGCCGUCGAGGCCGCCCAGGCUGUCCACUGGUCAUCCGACAGGUCAUCGAAGGAUUCUUCACCCCCCGGCCAGCGAGAAUUGAUCCUGCCCAAGGCGCUAUCCAACUCAAACUCCCUCGAUGACAGGCGAGUGUCCGUCUCGCAUCGACCUCCAGUCUCGUACCGACCACCCGUCAACCACAACGCACAACCAUCCACGUCAACGCCCGUUCGCGUCCCGCCAAUUCGAGCCUUCCGCUCCUCUGGCUCUCGCAAGAGCCUGACCCUCGACAUGCCUACGAGGCCCCGCGCCUACGAUUUUGGGGACGACCCUCUCGACUCCAGCUACGACCGUACCCUUCGCGCCCUUGAGGGGAGAGUCGACCAAGAUUUUCUGCUUUCGGCAACCUCCGGCUCUGGCCGUCGCGAUACCCUCGAUGGUGACGACACUGAGUCAUCUAGGCGCCGGCCCGACGAAAAUCUGCCAGAUGAGACCCAGAGUGUAGUAUCACGGGUGACACGCUCCCACCGUCGCCCACUGUCCAACGUGGUCCCGACCUAUAAACCGACUUCACCUCCUCAAAUCCGCCGACGACUCUCCGAUCAGCAAGAGACCUCACGCCAAAGACACUAUGACGAUGACCGAGCGAGCGAAUUCGCGAGCCCCCCCCUAACCCCUCGAUCUAUGGCCUUCCAGGAGUCCGAAAAUGCGUCGCAGUCGCGCCGCCGACCGUCGAUAACCGACAACAACUCCACGCCACAGGCGAGAGGCCCGACGUUCAGGACCCCUACUGCGCAUAAUCACAGCAAAGCCUACAACUCAUCACCGCUGGUUAAAUCAUUUGAUUUUCCUCCCCAGCAACAGCAGCAACAACCCGCGGCCGAAGCUAGCCAGGUUGAGGGAACCGAAUCAACAACCUCCAAUACUGCCCCAUCAACGGUAUGGGAUGAGCUUGACGACCUCAAAUCGCGAAUCCAUCGCCUCGAACUUACGGGGAAACUGCCGUCGACAUCUGGUGCCGCAGUGUCGCGACUUUCUGACGAACGGCCGCCCACAGCAAACACAACAGUGACGACGAUGUCUUCGUCGCCAAAGCGACCUGGAAAGGACAACCAGGUGAUUGAUACACUGAGCAACACAUCCAUUCAAAAGGAAGCUCACCCGCUACUCCACGCGGCCCUUACCAAGUCCAAACACCUCCUUGAUGUGGAGGUGUACAGGGCACUGGAGUCUGCCGCAAACGAUGCCAUGGCGCUUUCGACGAUGAUGGGCUCACCGGGUCAACUUGGCCCAAUUUCCAGUGGAGCCAGUACCAUUGGCUCUGGGACAACCAUGACAGAUCGCCAACUGAGACGGAAAGCAGACAGUGUCUGUCGCAGCUUGACAGAACUUUGUGUUGCGUUGGGUGAAGAUCGCGCUCAAUCGCGGGCACAACACGCAGUGCAGGCUCCAGCUCCAGCUCCAGCUCCAGCUCCAGCCCCGGUCCCAGCUCCAGUUCUAAUUCCAGCUCCGGCACCGAGCGACGCCCCAACAACGCCUACUCUGAACAAGACAUUCUCUGGGUUUACCUCACAACGUCGCCCGAGCAUCAGCGCGGAACAAAACUUGGCAAGGUCUAAUACUAGUCCUAGGACCCUGUCCAAGUUUGAGGAGAGGAGACUCAACCUCCUCAACGGCAACCCUCUGCCCGGCCCUCGAACCACCACUUCAACACCAUCGACCCCACUUGAGUCGAUUUCCCAACGGAGGUCAUCCCUCAUGGUGGCGAGAACCCGCCGUGCGGGCACAGAGGAGCCCGAAGAUGGCAGAAGAUCGUCCGUAAUGCUGAGAACUAGACGGGCAGGCACCGAGGAACCCGAGGAAGGCCGGAGAACCUCCCUGCUUGUCCGAAACCGUCGGGGAACUAUGGGAGAAGAUGACGGGGACCAACCCAUAUUCCGCUCGCCUUCACGGGCUCACACGGAUCUCAAUACGAUGCGGAACGUGACACAGGAGCAACUUUCUCAACCUCAAGCCUCCGAAAACAGCACAUUGGGGUCGUCAGCUCUCCCCCGACGCAGAUUUGCAUCUUCCAACUUGAACCCCUCACGACUGGCCACGCCUUUGACCUCGAAUGUCCCCUCCCCUAGGCGAUAUCUAGAGAGAUCGGGCCAGGAUCGCGAUGGCAGCAAUGUGACAGAGAAAAUCCCUGAGGAGCGUUCGCAGCGCCACAUGUCAAUGGGGCAGUCUUUGCUGGGUCGAACCAGCAGCAUGAUCAGAAGGCCAAACCGGGAUAGCACUGUCACCAUAACCCAAUCCUCUGCAGCUGCUGGCGGCUAUAGGUGA